ACUAAUUUUUACUGAUUAAACAGAAAUUUUCAAUUUUUUUAAGUAGUUUGUUGCUUGGAACCGAAUUUGGAUUCCAAUAAUUUUGACAAUUUCAAGUGAUUUCACAAGAUUGUUUCUGCGAAGUACAUUCUCAAAGAGAAGUUUUUUUGUUUUUUUGUUUUUGGUGGGAAGGUGAAUCAGUGAGGUUUUAGGGCAAAUUGUGUGUGAUUGAAUUGGGGAAAAUUUCAAUGAGAGUUGAGGAAGUGGGAUUGGAGCGACAAUGACUGGAGGGUCAUUGGGAUUGGGGAUUCGGUCCGGCAGUUAUGGGUCUCUGGUCGACAAGAAUGGAGGAUUGCCAAUUCAAGCUAGUUCGAGAAAACCUACGAAGAUGUUUAAGGAAAAGGAUAGGUUCGUCCAUUGGAUCGUCAAGUUCGCCGGCCGGAAAGGGGUCGGAAUGUUCCUUCUCUGCCUCAUCUCCACCGCGGUUUUCGGCUUGGUUUUGUACGUCGGAAAAGGUGAAGAUUCACAAGCCAAUCCUGCUCACAAUAUUGCUAUCAACAACACAGCGGGUUUAGGUUUCAUCGAGUUUUCACCCACGUAUGGAGAGCAAAGAAACGGCUUUUAUAGCGUGGGAGUAAAUUCGGUUGUGUUGCCGCCUCCUCCUCCUGCCGUUUUCCUAGGGUACACUCUGCCUCCAGGGCAUCCUUGUAAUAGUUUCAGUUUGCCUCCCCCGCCCGCGGAUAAGAAAAGAACUGGACCACGGCCUUGUCCGGUGUGUUAUCUUCCUGUGGAGGAAGCUGUAGCUUUAAUGCCAAAGGUCCCCUCGCCUUCUCCCGUUAAGAAUUUGACAUACAUUUAUGAAGAAAAUUUAUCUAGAGAGACAGAAUUUGGAGGCUCAGAGUUUGGUGGGUAUCCUACUUUGGCACAUAGAGCCGAUUCUUACGAUAUAAGAGAGUCUAUGAGUGUGCACUGUGGAUUUGUCAGAGGAGCUAAACCAGGCCGCAAUACAGGAUUUGAUAUAGAUGAGAUUGACCUCCUUGCUAUGGAUCAGUGUCAUGGUGUCGUUGUUGCAUCGGCUAUAUUUGGAAAUUUUGAUGAGAUAAACCAGCCAAAGAACAUUAGUGAAUAUUCCAAGGAGACUGUUUGCUUCUACAUGUUUAUUGAUGAAAUUACAGAAGAUUAUGUGAAGAAAACUGGUGCUAUGGAUAGCAAUAGGAAAAUUGGGGUAUGGAGAGUCAUUGUUGUUCGUAACCUUCCUUACGAGGAUGGCAGGCGCACAGGAAAGAUUCCCAAGCUUCUAAUGCAUAGGCUGUUUCCCAAUGCCCGCUUUUCAUUGUGGAUUGAUGGAAAACUUGAGCUUGUAGUGGAUCCGUAUCAAGUUCUUGAAAGGUUCUUAUGGAGGAAGAAUGCAACUUUUGCAAUUUCAAGACAUUAUAAACGGUUUGAUGUGUUUGUAGAAGCUGAGGCAAAUAAAGUUGCUGGAAAAUAUGACAAUGCCUCCAUUGACUUUCAGGUUGAUUUCUAUAGAAAGGAGGGUUUGACUCCAUAUACUCCAGAAAAGCUUCCCAUUACAAGUGACGUUCCUGAAGGAUGUGUUAUUUUAAGGGAACAUGUUCCUAUCAGCAACCUAUUUACUUGUCUUUGGUUCAAUGAAGUUGAUAGAUUUACUUCCAGGGACCAAAUUAGUUUUUCCACUGCGAGGGACAAGAUUAGGGCAAAAACAAAUUACACUGUCAAUAUGUUCCUCGACUGUGAAAGGCGUAACUUUGUUGUUCAGAAAUAUCACAGAGAGGUGAUGGAGCAACUCUUGUCUGCUCAUGCACCUCCUCCACCAGUACUACCACCGCCGCCACCGCCGCCAUCACCUCCACCUCCCGCUCCAAUUAUUGAACCGCCAAUGACAGUAUUACUCGAAACAUCCCCUGAAAGUAUUGUUAAUGCCCCAACUAGAAGGGUCACAACACGGCGAGGGAGAGAUAGGAGGUCUGGUUCGAGGCGUCACCGGAAAGUUGUUGUUGGUGAUAGGGACAAUGAUCCAAGUUAAAAAGUUUUGUUGAGGCAAAGUAAAAUUAUUCUUUUCCCUCGCCCUCUCGAAAUCCUUCAUUUGGGGGCUGUAGGUUUUAUCCAAGUUGAACGUCAUAGUUCUGCAUCCAUAGGGAAGAACACACGUUUCUCAUUCUUUCUUCUUGAAAUGUCUUUAAUUUUACUCAUUUUUUCGUUGUAUAUAAUAAUUAUAAUAUGGAUCGCUACCAAAGGGGUCAUGUGGUGGUCCAUUUCGUUUUCAAUUAUCAUAAGAUCCAUUGUAUUGGGCCCUCGAGUUAUAUAGCUAAUUUAUUCAUGUUUCUUUGAAAAUGAAUGAAUAAAGUUGACAGUGAACUUAUUCAAGACGUGCAA